AUGGUGAUUGCUUACUGCGGGGCCCUGGCUUCCUUCCCGGACUACUGGUGGACCUGCACGUUGUGCUUCGGCCUGCCUUUCUCGUACAUCGCCAUUCAGAACAUCUACAUCGACCACGAUGUCAUGCACGGGGCCACGUUCCCUGUCUAUGAGUGGCAGCGCUUCCUCACCCACCCGUUUGCAGAUUUCUUCAGUUUGCCGUGGGAGGAGUUCGUCCUGGAGCACAACAGGCAUCACGCGUCCACGGUGGACUUGCUGAUCCAGGGCGAGUUCGGCUGGGAUCCCGAGGAGUUCCACUAUGCUCUGCAGCAGUGGGCCGGGCCGUGGGGCUCCAACUGGUACAAGUACCUCCUGACUGUGCCGUUCAUCCCAGGCAGCAUGCUCAGGUUCUGGAGCAAGUGGGUUCCACGAAGAAUCAAACACAACGCGUUUGUCCUUUCCUUGUGGGCGUUCGUGUGGCUGCUCGGCACCUACCCUCUGGGACGUCCCCUCAGCGAGGGAUGGCGGUUUAUGUUCACCGUGUCCUUCUUUGCCCGCAUCGGGUAUUCGGCCGCCUGGAUGUUCAUCACCAAUUUCACACAUAGCCUUCCUUGGAACGAGUUCCUCGCGCAGGACCCAGGACGCACCUGGCCGGUGCUGCACAACGUGAUGGCGAUGGUUCUUGGUGGAAAGCACCGCUGGAACGAGAUGCUCUUCCAUGACGUGCAUCAUGCCUUUCCUAAUGCUGUCGGCACGCUGAGCCAGCGUGGACGCUUCCACGGCUGGGAGAAGGUCCACGAUGCGGCGGCUGAGGUGCUUCACCGCGGGCUGUGGAAGCCAAAUGGUGAUGAGGAGACCCAGAUGCAGAAGACUCAGCGCAAGCGCUCCCUGAUGAUGAAGCAGGGCAAGUGA